AUGAUGUAUUUUCCUUUUCUUUUUUCCACUUUAUUUUCCUUUUUCUUCUUCUGCUGCACCAGAAAUGCCUCUGCUGCUCUCAACCUGCCGCAAGAACCCGCGGUAACACCGACACUUGAGCUCAGCGCAGAGGUGACGGUGCUGAGUGAUGCAGCAGCAAAAGAACAGCAGCAGCAGCAGCAGGAGCAGCAGCAGCAGCAGCAGCAGCAGGAGGAGGAACAGCAGCAGGAAGAACAGAAACAGGAGGAAGUGCAGCAGCAGCAGCAGCAGCAGCAGCAGCAAGCUGAGCAGCAAGAAACUUACGUUCAUAGAGAUGCAGAACAGCAGCAGCAGCAGCUGCUGCUGCUGCAGCAACAGGAGGAGCUGCAGCAGCAGCAGCAGUUGCUGCAGCAGCAGCAGCAGUUGCAGCAGGAACAACAACAGCUGCAGCAGGAGUAG